GCCUGUGGAACAUGAAUGGCUUUUUUUUCUUGUUGUCAAUUUGAACUUGAUUGUCACCACUAAACAAAACUUCCACAAGUCCUGUUGAAGUUUUCUAACUAAAAUUUCACAUUAUAAGGAACUGUCUGGCUCAAAGUACCAGCAAUGAGAUAUGAAGCCUUUCAUCACUAAACUUGCUGGCUCAAAUCCAGCCGAGAUUAUUGGUAUUCAGAAGUUAUCAACAUUCGAUCCUGAUUGACUCUGUAAAAUGAGUUGGUGGUGGUGUCUACUUUCCAGGGAUCUACAUGCUCUAGCAUGAAGGCAAGAAAGGAUUCCAGUAAGAUUAUGGCAGAGUACAGCCAUAUACAAAACCAGCUGGAAUUACAAAAUACUAGUUUCGGAAAAAGCUCUGUGAUGAAUUCCUUUGAAAAUGAUCUCCAGGAUAUUAUGGAUAGCCUCAACCAGAAGAAAUAUUCAUCAAGCCUUAAAUUUAAAACAAAUGGGGACUCCUCUGGUUCCUAUUUAACCCUAUCACAACCUGUGCCAGCUAAACCUAGCCCUUCAUCUAGUGUUAAAAAUAUACAUUCCGCUACCAAAAUUCAAGAAUGUAAAUCUUUUUCUUGUGAGACCCCUCAUCUUUCAGAUAAAAAUGUCUCUGUAAAGCAUAUUGGUUUCACUUCUCCAUCCUCUAGUGGGUACAGUCUGGGAAGGACAGACUUCAAUAUUCAUGCCAACAGAGAAAAUGAAAAACUCUUUGGACAUGUGGAUAAGUUUCACUAUUCAAAAUAUAGUCAAAAAAAUAAAUCAUAUGACAAUGUCUUCUUCCCAGCAAUGCUGGAUGGGAAGAAGAACUCGGGCUCUCUUCUUGCAAUGUGGAAUGGAAGCUCAGGUAGUGAAAUAAUUCUUUCACCUGUUAGCAGCUCAGGGGCCGCAAGCAUGCCUUCCAGCCCCAAACAAGGCAGGAGGAUGAAUAUUCAAGACCACCUAAUCCUUCAUUCAAGACCAGUUAAGCAUAAGGAGGCCGUGACUGAGACUCUGGGUUCAAGGACUAGGAAGUAUUCUGGUGGGUCACUGGGUCAUAUGGGAGUUUAUAGUCGUUCUCUGCCCAGAUUGUACAAAUCGACAGAAAGCCAGCUGAUGCCAUUAAGUUUGCCUCCAAGAAAUUCUCUUGGUAAUUCCAAAAGAAAAAAACAUGGAGAAAAAGAUCUACCUCAAAGUGCAUUAGAUUCUGAUAAUUACCUUAAUUUUUCUUCUUGCAGCUCAGGAGCGUCACCAUAUACAAAUUCUGUGUCUGACAGUAAUUCUUAUGUUAGUUCAACUCUUAGUGUUCCUGCAAGCCCCCGAAUAGCUAGGAAAAUGCUUUUAGCAUCUUCCUUCUCCCAUGUUUCUGAUGAUUUUGGUAGAUUUGGACUCUCAGGGACAAGUCCCGGUAAUUCUUUUCCCCCUGUGGAUCUUGACAGAACGUUUUCUGUCAGAAGAAACAUUUCCACUAGUUCCAUGGAGUUUGAUGAAACUGACCUGGAAAGCUUCAGACAGACACCUACCUUACGGGAGAGAAAGAACAGUAUUAGUUCAAUUUCUGGAAGAGAUGACCUAAUGGACUAUCACAGGAGACAAAGGGAAGAGAGGCUUAGAGAGCAGGAGAUGGAACGACUGGAGCGACAGCGGCUGGAGACCAUCCUCAAUUUAUGUGCUGAAUAUUCCAAACCUGAUAGUGAUCCUGCUGCUGCUACCACUGUUGCUGAUGUUCAAAAAAUUAAUAAAGAACUUGAAAAACUUCAGCUGUCAGAUGAAGAUUCUGUAUUUGAAGAUUCUCAAAUGAAUCCAGACGCAAGAUUUAGAAACCACUUGAAAUCGUCAGCAAGUGAUUCUGAUUUCUCAGAGUGUAGUAGUAAUCUCAAUCGAAAUGCUUCCACUCUCCUUUCCUCUAGAGGAAUUAGACCUGAUGAACACUUCAGUGACAAUAUGAAGACUCCAGCUUUAGCUUCUUUUGCCUUCUUGAAGGGUUCCAAUGAAUCUUCGUACCUAAGUAUCAUACCAAAGACACCAGAAUGCACAAACGAUGAGCAAAGAGGGCAGGAGCUUGGUCGGCUGGAGGAAGAACACAUAACAAUACUAAAUAACUUAGAGGAACUUGAACAGAAGAUCAAAGAGUUAAAUGACCAGAUGGAUGAAUCUUCAAGAGAGCUGGAUAUGGAAUGUGCUCUUUUGGAUGGGGAACAGAAAUCUGAAACAACUGAACUUCUGAAAGAGAAGGAAAUAUUGGAUCAUCUGAACAGGAAAAUAGCUGAGCUGGAGAGAAAUGUUAUUGGUGAAAAGACAAAGGAAAAAAUAAAGCUUGAUGCUGAAAGGGAAAAACUAGAGAGGCUUCAGGAGCUUUACUCCGAACAGAAGACCCAGCUUGAUAAUUGCCCUGAAUCCAUGAGGGAACAGUUACAGCAGCAGCUGAAGAGGGAUGCUGAUCUGUUGGAUGUAGAAAGCAAACACUUUGAAGAUCUGGAGUUUCAGCAACUUGAACAUGAGAGCAGGUUAGAUGAGGAGAAAGAGAACCUGACACAACAGCUCCUGCAUGAAGUAGCUGAAUAUCAGCGCAGCAUUGUCAGUAGAAAGGAGAAGAUUUCUGCUCUCAAAAAGCAAGCCAAUCAUAUCGUCCAGCAAUCACAGAGGGAACAAGAUCAUUUUGUAAAAGAGAAGAAUAACUUAAUAAUGAUGCUGCAAAGAGAAAAAGAGAAUCUUUGUAAUUUGGAAAAGAAAUACUCUGGACUUUCUGGAGGAAAAGGAUUUCCUGUCAGUCCUAACAGCCUAAAAGAGGGUUAUAUCAGUGUAAGUGAAAUUAGUGAGCUGUAUGGCAAUUCCACGAAUAGAUCCCCUUCCACUCAGCCCCCCACAGAUGCUGACGCUGUUGCCACUGAGCCUUCCACGGCUGUGCUGGCGAGCCAGCCACAAAAUAAAGAGCUAAGAUCAUCUCUCUGUUCUGGAUUUGUGUUUCCUCACUCUCUUUCUCCUCGCUCUAUUGCUCAACUUCCAUCAGUCCAUUGGCCUGAGGUCAUGGUUACACAUGUAGAUCCUUUUCCUUUAUCUGAUACACCUCCUCCUCUCCCAGCUAAGAAACACCGAAGGCAACAACAGCACUUUAGAAAUCUGGAAGAAAGAAAGAAACAGCACAAGGAGGGCACAUAUUUGAGUGAUACUCUACCCCGCAAGAAAACCGCUGCCUCUGUAUCUCCACACUUCAGUAGUGCUACUCUCGGACGAAGUGUUACUCCUAAAGGUCAUUUACCACUAGGACAGAGCAACAGCUGUGGCAGUGUACUUCCUCACUGUCUGGCAACCAUAACCAAAGAGUCUGAAUCAAGAAAAAUGCAUAAAGGAAAAUCUAAAAAAGGAGCAAUUAAUCAUUCCAAAGGUACAAGUAUUAAAGGGUAUAAUCAUCAACAUAUAUGUGAAGAACAAAGGCAGAAAUCUCCUGAAUUCUACAGCAGAACUGCAUCUGAAUCUAAUGUGUAUCUGAAUAGUUUCCAUUAUCCUGAUCAUAGCUACAAGGACUAUGCAUUUGAUACAUUAAGCUUAGAUAGUUCUGACAGUAUGGAGACCAGCAUAUCUGCCUGCUCCCCUGAUAAUAUUUCCAGUGCCAGCACUUCAAAUGUUGCAAGAAUAGAAGAGAUGGAGAGACUUCUGAAACAAGCUCAUGCUGAAAAGACACGACUGCUUGAAUUCCGGGAACGGGAAAUGGAAGCCAAAAAACGAGCUCUGGAAGAAGAAAAACGUCGCAGAGAGCAACUAGAAAAAAGAUUACAAGAAGAAACUAGCCAGCGGCAAAAAUUAAUUGAAAAGGAAGUCAAGAUACGUGAGAAACAAAGAGCACAGGCCCGCCCCUUGACUCGCUACUUGCCGAUCAGAAAGGAAGACUUCGAUCUACGAGGUCACAUCGAAACAGCUGGUCACAACAUAGAGACCUGUUACCACAUCUCACUCACGGAGAAGACCUGUCGAGGCUUUCUGAUUAAAAUGGGAGGGAAAAUUAAAACAUGGAAAAAACGGUGGUUUGUUUUUGAUAGAAACAAGAGAACAUUUUCUUACUAUGCAGACAAGCAUGAAACUAAAUUAAAAGGAGUAAUAUAUUUCCAAGCCAUUGAAGAAGUCUAUUAUGAUCAUCUAAAGAAUGCAUAUAAGAGUCCCAACCCAUUACUCACUUUCAGUGUUAAGACUCAUGACCGAAUAUAUUACAUGGUUGCUCCAACGCCAGAAGCCAUGAGGAUAUGGAUGGAUGUUAUAGUUACAGGAGCAGAAGGCUACACUCACUUCAUGUUAUAAUAAAAUGGUGCAAGAGUUCAUUCACAAGGCAUAUUGCAAUAACCUUGUACAUUAAUUUAGCCAUAUGCGAGUGAAUUUGAAAAGCCAUAUACAAUAUUGAUAACUGUCACAAGUAUUCUUCUCAUGAUGCGCACACAAACUUUCAAAAUCAAAGAUUUUAUACACACAAGUGAAAGUAAGAUUAUUUGCUUCUUUUAGUUGAUCAUUAUAAUAGCAAAAGAACUAAAGCUAUUGAAAGUGUCAUAGUGUUCUGUCAUGGGUAAUCAAGUCAACUUAAGUAUGGUAUGUUGAUUCAAUAGUAAUUUCUUAAAAAUUCUAUAUAGAAGAUGUCUUCAUAAAUACAAACUAAACAGUUUACAGAAUUGUUUGUGUGUGCUUAUUGGUAUGCAAACAUUUUAGUAACGGAACAGAACGGUAUAAUAGCAUAUAUUUUUAAUAUGCAGUAUUUGACAUUUAUAGGUAAUUAGAUGGCUUUUUAAAAUUUUUACUUAUGUAUUUUAUUAAAAAAAGAAAAAACCCAAACAUAUCAGCCUACUAUACAUGUAGUUCUUGUCUUAGUAUUCUAAAAUACUACAGAGCCAAAGAUUUACAUGAUUCCUGUAUGAGAAUGAACUCAAGUUGUGAGCUGUGCUCAAAAUGUCAAAAUUAUUCCUAAAUUGUAAUAUAAUUCAAUUGCUACAGUAUUCUGUACAUUUAAAUUACCAGUUGCAUAAACUGUAUGUGUAAAAUCACUUAUAUAAAGCACAACAAAGAAGCAAUAGCUUCACAAAGAUGGUCUCUCUCACAAGGUAAAACUGAAUGGAGACAAGAGUAUCAAACUUAACUUUGCGGUAAGUUUUCUGUAUUGUCUCUGCAGGAGGCAUUGAACUGAUUCUCUGGCUUGUUCCUGUAGCAAUUUCUGUUGUAUGGAGUUCAAUCCUGCCAUAGAUAUGAUUCUAGUCUAAAGCUAAUGUGCUGAAAUCAGUGGGAGAAAUCUUUGCCCAAUUGAAGUCUGCAUGAAAACUCCCAUUGACCUCAGCCAGUGAGACUGUUCAAAGUAUACACUGGCAUAGGGUAGAGCACAAAGAAAGGCAAGUUGUGAGAGCCAAUACUAAAACAGUAAUAUAAAUAAAAACUUUUAAGUAGCAAACAUGGCAAAGACCUAUUUUUUCACGUAUGCUCCUUGCAAAUGUUCUUCCAUUUAAAAACUGCUUUCUAGUCCUUGACUAUUGUAUCAAAAUAAAUUAUUAUUGAAUAAAACCUGGACUUCAGGCAAAUCUUCAAAUAGUUCCUUGUUUUAAUAUUCUGGAUUUGUAAGUGGAUUUAUCAUUUAAUUAAAGAAAUCACACUAAAAGCAAAGAAGAAAGUGGCUUUUGAUU